AUGGCAGAACUAGCAGCGUUAUUGCGAUCGGAAAUACCAGAAGGGCGUAGUAAUUUAACGGAUAACCAUACAAAUCUACAGAGAGUAGCGGAAUACUGCGAGGCCAAUUAUUUUCAGACUGAUAAUAAACGAGCGGCACUAGAGGAAACAAAAAAUUACACUACACAAUCCUUAGCCAGUGUUGCCUAUCAAAUUAACACACUGGCUUACAAUUUCUUGCAGUUGUUAGAUUUGCAAACGGCACAACUUGCUGAAAUGGAGAGUCAGAUGAAUCAUAUUUCGCAAACUGUUAUGAUACAUAAAGAAAAAGUUGCUAGGAGGGAGAUUGGGGUGCUAACAGCUAACAAAUCAACAAACAGACAGUAUAAAAUUAUUGCGCCAGCAAAUCCUGAAAAACCCAUUAAAUAUUUAAGAAAGCCUAUAGAUUAUUCAAUUUAUGAUGAAAUUGGUCAUGGUGUUAGAAGUAAUGGUACACCAAGGCAGAAGCAAAGAGGUUCUAGUUCGGGAAGUAUCCACUCAAUUAAUGCUAUUCAGGCUAACUCUCUUGUUGGGCCAGCUCCUACCACUAAACCACCAACUCCACCACAAGUGUCUCGAACAAACAGUAAAGUUUCGGUUAGCGGUGGCACUCUAAGCAAAGGUAGUAGAGAGUACCGUACUCCACCAGCAGUUGCACCGCCUCAGGUGCCAAGUCACUAUGCCCCCAAUUAUCCUAUAGGCAACCCGCGUCGCUCUGGCGAGAGGGGUCCAGGCUACAGCACCUUGCCCAUGCCGAUGCAGCAGCAUCAGAAUGCACCGCAAGUGGGCAUGGUACACCCCAUAACACAACAACAGCAAGUUAUUCAGCCACAAACGCCGCCUCCUCCUCCACCACCUGGAAAUUCCGUUUAUUCGGAACGUGAUCAUCAUAUGCCACCUCCGCCAUCUCCACUGGUCAACAGCCAAGAAAUGGUAUUAUCUUCAAACCAUCAUCACCCAAUGAUGAUGGGCGGUCACCACAACCCCGUACCGCACGGUAGCCUCGGCAUGCACACACUAUCCCAUGCGCAGGGUCAUCGUAUCUCGCAGCAGCUGGCCUCUUCGUUGGGUAGAGGCGGCGGCGGUUCUCAAUCGCCGCCCCUGCCGCCUCCACCGCCACCGGAACACGACGAGCACGAGUCGUUUGGUAGACCUCGCACGUCCGGGGUCAUGCCUAUUGUACCUGACGAGGAAGACUUACCUGGAUGGGUACCCAAGAAUUACAUUGAAAAAGUCGUUGCGAUUUACGAUUACUACGCUGAUAAAGAUGACGAACUAAGUUUCCAAGAAAGCUCAGUUAUCUAUGUGUUAAAGAAAAAUGACGACGGAUGGUGGGAGGGCGUUAUGGACGGUAUAACUGGUCUUUUCCCUGGAAAUUACGUUGAGCCGUGUGUCUGA